CCUUUAAUUCCUGACCUUGGGGGAAUAGAAAAGACAAAAGAAACAGCAUAAAUAAUGGUAUAAAUAUAGUUACCUUUUUUUGAUUCAUUGGACUCUGCAACUUAAAAUCUUUUAUGAAAGCCCUGGGGAAAUGUAUCUUUACAGAAAUUUUACAUAUGAUACUAGAAGUUAACAAAAGUCUCAGUGAAUUCUAGUCGGUUGCUUUAGUAUACACAAUAAAUGCCGGACCCAUCUCAAAGGACUGGAUUUUUUAAAAACUUGAACUGAGUGUUAAAGGUCAGGUGGAAUUUAAGGGAGGGAAGAGGAGCUUAGAAUGGUACAUUGAGGCAUAAAGAACAUCCCUGUUUGACCCAAAGAGAGGCCUCUCUAGGGAGCCAUAAGAGGUAAAAUGGGAAGAUGGGGAAGUAAGACUAUAAAGAAACUCUGUGUCCACAGUGGCAGGCAUGUUUCACAUGCUUAAUAAAUACUGAAAAAAUAGGAGAAGGACCGAAACUUUAUCCUUUGUCCAUUAAAAAGACAUUGAUGGUUCUGAAGCAGGGGAAUAAGGAUGUUUCAGUCUUUAAGUGUCCUGAGAUACUGUUGCUUGUCAAGGAUGCUGAACACUAAUGGGUUUUGCCUUCUUGGCACUUCAAUAUACACAAAGAUGGUUCUUGCCUAAUAGGGGCUUUUCAUGUACACAAAGUCGUAUAUAUUAAAUAUAUGUUCCGGAAACUCAAAAGUAGCUGAAAUUUUACCUGAAGAGUUAACUGGAAGGCCUUCAAGGCUACGAGAGGCUUUAUGAACCCCUUGAAAUUCAGCAUAUACUGUCAUUUGUAGUGUGAGUGAAUGUGAAUUUGUGUUUUCUAGUGAGAGAAACCUUACCUUCCAUCAGUUUUCAAAGAGAGAUUUGACCCACUCUACUGGAAAAAAUAGAAUCAUUGUUUUAUGUCAUAUUUAUAUCAUAUUUUCAAACUUUGCAUCGCCCGAAGGAAAUACAUUUUGCAUCAUGACUCAGCACACUCACAGAUUAAACUGAAAUAAAGUCUUAAUGAGACUAUUCUUAUCCUCACUAUAUCUGAUGCACUCUUCCAUUUUCCUUUUAAAGAAAAUCUGACCUAAUAAUUUCCCCAUCCAUAAGUGGCUCACAACACAAAGUUUGCAAAAUACUGUUUUGGAUAAUAGCAGCAUUCAGUUGAUGGUAGAGGGGCUGGUGGGGAAAAAAUGAACUAUUUCUGUUGUCAAAGUGCACAGACUUAAAACUUUGAAUGGAAAAAGGAUAGCACCAUUCAUACUCUGCUUUUCUGUGGAAAUAAGUAGAAAUGAGAUCUUGGUAAAUUGGAGAAACCCAGGGCCAAAAAUGCAGGACUGUUUGUUUUCUGUAUGUUAAUUAGCUCUAGAGCAGUAAAGACAGCAUCCUCAUGCUUUUUGCUUUGUUCCUCAGGCUGGUGAAAAUACUUAACCUUCAGUGCCUAACUCAGAUGUCUCUUCUAUAAGGUUUUUCCAGAGCCUCCCUCUCUAGUGUGGUGGUUCUGAGCUCCUCUUGUUCAUUUAUUGAACACUGUGCAUUCAGCUUUCAGGAAAUAGCUCUUUCCUAUAAAGAAACUUAACCACUGGGAUAGAUAUUUUCACUGACAUUGAAUUUUUACAACCUUUUGAAAUAAAUUAUAUUGAAUCCAUUUCAUUUGUGAGGAAACAGCCUCACAGUGAGUGACAUGUAGUCAUUUAAUAAAUAGUAAAAUGGGUUUGACUUGAGGUCUAAGACACAACCACCUAUGUAAACUUUUGCCGUUUCUCUGUUUUUCUCUUCCUCACUCCUUCCUAGUGUGCUUCAUAGCAUUUAGCACAUGGUAACUUUUAAAAAUCUGUUUUCUCACUAAAAUAUAAGCCCUGUAGGGCAGAGAUCUUUUCUGCCUUGUUCACUGUCAAGUCCCAAAGUCUCACAGUGCCUGGUAAAUAUGUUCCAGUAAAUACUUACUGAAGUUAUAUAUGAAUACUAGGCACUGCUAAACACUAGAGGUUCGUUGAAAACUACAGUUCUUUUCCUUAGAAGUCUGUUAGAGAUGGGUCAUCUACGCAAAGGACAGGGUGCUGUAGAAGAUAAGUGGGCACAAGAUACAGUAGGCUAAAGAUGAGGGAAUGCUUACUUUCUCAUUACAACUGUAGAUACCCAUUCAAAACAGAAAGAAAAAAGACAUUUUGGCAAUUAGAACAUGGCAACCAUAGAAGAAAUUGCACAUCAAAUUAUUGAACAACAGAUGGGAGAGAUUGUUACCGAGCAGCAAACUGGCCAGAAAAUCCAGAUCGUGACGGCACUUGAUCAUAAUACACAAGGCAAGCAGUUCAUUCUGACAAAUCAUGAUGGCUCUACCCCAAGCAAAGUCAUUCUGGCCAGGCAAGAUUCCACUCCAGGGAAAGUUUUCCUCACUACUCCAGAUGCAGCAGGUGUUAAUCAGUUAUUUUUUACAACUCCUGAUCUGUCUGCACAACAUCUCCAGCUCUUAACAGAUAAUUCUUCCCCAGACCAAGGACCAAAUAAGGUUUUUGAUCUUUGCGUAGUAUGUGGAGACAAAGCAUCAGGGCGUCAUUAUGGAGCAGUAACCUGUGAAGGCUGCAAAGGAUUUUUUAAGAGAAGCAUCCGAAAAAAUUUAGUUUAUUCAUGUCGAGGAUCAAAGGACUGUAUUAUCAAUAAACACCAUCGAAACCGCUGUCAAUACUGCAGGUUACAGAGAUGUAUUGCGUUUGGAAUGAGACAAGACUCUGUUCAGUGUGAAAGAAAACCUGUUGAAGUAUCACGAGAAAAAUCUUCCAACUGUGCCGCUUCAACAGAAAAAAUCUACAUCCGAAAAGACCUUCGAAGUCCAUUAGCUGCAACCCCAACUUUUGUAACAGAUAGUGAAACGGCAAGGUCAGCAGGACUGUUAGAUUCAGGAAUGUUUGUGAAUAUUCACCAGUCUGGAAUAAAAACUGAGUCAACUGUGCUGAUGACACCAGAUAAGGCUGAAUCAUGUCAGGGAGAUUUAAGUACAUUGGCCAGUGUGGUUACAUCAUUAGCAAAUCUUGGAAAAACUAAAGAUCUUUCUCAGAAUAGUAAUGAAAUGUCUGUGAUUGAAAGCUUAAGUAAUGGUGAUACCUCUUUGUGUGAAUUUCAUCAAGAAAUGCAGACGAAUGGUGAUGUUUCAAGGGCAUUUGACACUCUUGCAAAAGCAUUGAAUCCUGGAGAGAGCACGGCCUGUCAGAGCUCAGUAGAGGGCAUGGAAGGAAGCGUACACCUAAUUGCUGGAGACUCGAGCAUAAAUUACAUCGAAAAAGAGGGGCCACUUCUCAGCGAUUCACAUGUAGCUUUCAGGCUCACCAUGCCUUCUCCUAUGCCUGAGUACCUGAAUGUGCACUACAUUGGGGAGUCUGCCUCCAGACUGCUGUUCUUAUCAAUGCACUGGGCACUUUCGAUUCCUUCCUUCCAGGCUCUAGGGCAAGAAAAUAGCAUAUCAUUGGUGAAAGCUUAUUGGAAUGAACUUUUUACUCUUGGUCUUGCCCAGUGUUGGCAAGUGAUGAAUGUGGCAACUAUAUUAGCAACAUUUGUCAAUUGUCUUCACAGUAGCCUUCAACAGGAUAAAAUGUCAACAGAAAGAAGAAAAUUAUUGAUGGAACACAUCUUUAAACUACAGGAGUUCUGUAACAGCAUGGUUAAACUCUGCAUUGAUGGCUAUGAAUAUGCCUACCUGAAGGCAAUAGUACUCUUCAGUCCAGAUCAUCCAGGCCUAGAAAACAUGGAACAAAUCGAGAAAUUUCAGGAAAAGGCAUAUGUGGAAUUCCAAGAUUAUAUAACCAAAACAUAUCCAGAUGACACCUACAGGUUGUCGAGACUACUACUCAGAUUGCCUGCUUUGAGAUUGAUGAAUGCUACCAUCACUGAAGAAUUGUUUUUCAAAGGUCUCAUUGGCAAUGUACGAAUUGACAGUGUCAUCCCACAUAUUUUAAAAAUGGAGCCUGCAGAUUAUAACUCACAAAUAAUUGGUCACAGCAUCUGAAGGCUGAGAUGUCAGUAUAAACUUACUGUUGUUUCCCAGAACACAAGAAGACACCAAAUUGAACUCAUUGCUUCCAGGGUAUUGGGAAAUUUUGACUUUAAAGAGUAACCAAAAACCCAGGGUGUUUUUAUUUUAACUUCUUAAGAAUUUUUGAAGUGACUGGGCAGGUGGCAGGAAUUAGAAUUUCCCUUCCUGUUUUAAGUGAAUAAGAAAUACUAUGAAUUUAUUCUUGGUUAAGAUGACACCGUAAGCUAUCACUUCUUGACAUCUAAACUAAGACCACU